ACAAAAAGAGAUUUCACACAGCAUCGUUUUGCCGGCUGCAGUCUCUCCAGCGCACCCAGUCCCUGAGGUUGACAUGACAACUGAAGAGAUAGAUGCUCUUGUUCAUCAGGAAAUCAUCAGUCAUAAUGCCUAUCCCUCACCUCUAGGCUAUGGAGGUUUUCCAAAAUCUGUUUGUACCUCUGUAAACAACGUGCUAUGUCAUGGUAUUCCUGACAGUCGACCUCUCCAGGAUGGUGAUAUUAUCAACAUUGAUGUCACGGUCUAUUACAAUGGCUACCACGGCGACACCUCGGAAACAUUUUUGGUGGGCAAUGUGGAUGAAGGUGGGAGAAAGUUAGUGGAGGUUGCCAGGAGAUGUAGAGAUGAAGCAAUUGCAGUGUGCAGAGCAGGGGUUCCCUUCUCUGUAAUUGGAAACACAAUCAGCCACAUAACACUUCAGAAUGGUUUGCAAGUCUGUCCUCAUUUCGUUGGACAUGGAAUAGGAUCUUACUUUCAUGGACAUCCAGAAAUUUGGCAUCAUGCGAACAACAGCGACCUGCUCAUGGAGGAGGGCAUGGCGUUUACCAUAGAGCCAAUCAUCACCGAGGGAUCCCCUGAAUUUAAAGUCCUGGAAGAUGCGUGGACUGCAGUCUCCCUGGACGAUCAAAGGGCCGCCCAAUUCGAGCACACCGUUCUCAUCACGUCGGGCGGCACGCAGAUCCUGACCAAAUUGCCCCAGGAGGCCUGAGGCCCAAAAGACAGGGUCACCGGACGCCUUCGUCCGUAAGUGUUCGAAAUCCGGUUGGAGAAUUUCUCAGAAGACUGGCGAUCGAUCGGCAGCUAGCGCCUAAUAAACGUCUCUUCUCUUCAAAAUACACGGUAGAGAUUAGGGACCGCUGGGGACGCAGCGCUGCCGCCCAGCCCGGGCUGCGCGAGGACGAGGGGACCCCUUCUUGGGAGAUCAGGGGCUUCUCUUGUCCUAACCGCCAAAGUAAAAACACCAUUGCCCUCUCCAA